ACAGCUCACAAUCUAUCAAAUUUCCACACUGCUUCUCACUCACUCCCACAAAAAUGGCGGCUUUCUUUUCCUUCUCCAGUUCACUUCUUCCCCCCUCAAAACCCUUCUUCUCUUCGUCUCCCUUGAAUUCCCAAUCAAUCCCCUUUAGGAAAACCCCCUUCUUGUCUCCAACCACCCCCCUCGCAGCCCUCACAUCGACGGCGGAGGCGCCGCCGGCCAUCGCGACCUUCUGGGAAUGGCUGAGCGAGCGAGGCGUGAUCUCCGGCAAGACCCCGGUGAGACCCGGCAUGGGCGCUGAAGGUCUGGGCCUGGUAGCGCGAAGGGAUAUCGGGCGAAACGAGGUCGUAUUGGAAGUGCCCAAGAAGCUCUGGAUCAAUCCGGAAUCCGUGGCGGGUUCCGAAAUUGGGGGAAUCUGCGGCGGGCUGAAGCCGUGGAUCUCCGUCGCUCUGUUCUUAAUUAGAGAGAAGUCGAAGAAGGAACGCUCGGAUUUGAAGGCUUACUUGGAUGUGCUCCCCGAGACCACCGAUUCCACUAUAUUUUGGUCAGAAAAGGAGCUUGUAGAACUUCAAGGAACUCAACUGCUGAGCACAACUACAGGAGUAAAGCAAUACUUGCAGAGGGAGUUUCAGAGAGUUGAAGAAGAGAUUUUAGAACCUAAUUCGCAGCUGUUUCCUUCCCCUGUGACACUGGAAGAUUUCACCUGGGCAUUUGGAAUCCUCAGAUCAAGAGCAUUCUCUAGGCUUCGCGGCGAAAAUCUUGUUCUCAUUCCUCUUGCAGACUUGGUGAAUCACAGCCCUGAUAUAACAACUGAAGAUUAUGCAUAUGAGAUUAAAGGCGGUGGUCUUUUCUCCCGAGAUCUCUUGUUUUCUUUGAGAUCCCCAGUCUCGGUCAAGGCUGGUGAGCAGGUUCUGAUUCAGUAUGAUCUAAACAAGAGUAAUGCAGAAUUAGCUUUAGACUAUGGAUUCAUAGAGUCAAAAGCCGACCGCAAUGUCUAUACCUUGACCCUUCAGAUCUCCGAAUCAGAUCAGUUCGCUGGAGACAAGCUCGACAUUGCUGAGACAAACGGCUUGGGUGAGACAGCAGAGUUCGACAUAAUCUUAGGCUAUCCUCUACCAGCUAAACUGCUUCCAUACUUGCGCCUUGUUGCGCUUGGAGGCACAGAUGCUUUCCUAUUGGAAUCUAUCUUCAGCAACACGAUCUGGGGCCAUCUUGAAUUGCCUGUAAGCCGUGCCAAUGAGGAGCUUGUAUGCCGGGUGGUUCGAGAUGCCUGCAAAACUGCUCUUUCUGGGUAUCAGACAACCAUUGAAGAGGAUGAGAAGUUGAUGGAAGGGGAAGGUUUGAGUGCAAGGCUUGGUAUUGCAGUGGGAGUAAGAGCGGGAGAGAAGAAGGUUUUGCAGCAAAUUGACGAGUUUUUCAAGCAACGAGAGGAAGAGCUGGACGAGAUUGAAUACUACCAAGAAAGAAGGCUCAAGGAUCUUGGUCUGGUUGGAGAACAAGGUGACAUCAUCUUCUGGGAGUAGUUCCAUAUAUAAGAGAAACAGCAGAUCAAUUUGAGAAUCCACAAUAUAGAGGCAUUUAAGGGCAUUAUUUGUCAGAAGAGCCUCUGAUUAAUCAGAGAAAGCAUUAACAUGUGACAGCCAAAGUCAAUGUAUGUAUUGCUGGAGGAAAUGUUCUUUCUUUGAUGUGGGCAGUGUGACUACUACAAGAGGCUUACAGCCAAAUGUUCUUGAGCUGGAAAAUGAGAAUGCUACACUUGCAACUUCGAAACCGUGAGAUUAUCUAACACUCAGUGAUCUUCACCAGGAAGAAAAGGGGGGAAAACAAAAGGAAUAGAUAACUAUCGACAAAGGUGAAAAAGAAACUAAAUGGGGAUCACCUUUUUCUUGCUGUUUCUUACAAAGGGCCUGAACUUGUGUGUAUAACCUUCUGAGUCUCAUUGCGGUCAUUAAAGCCACCAACCGCCUGUGCAUAACAUUGAGGGGGGCACCUCACUUCCUUUGUGAGCUUCCCUCCUAGCUAUGUGUCAUGAGCUACAACACUUAUGCCAUGCCAUCAACAUCAAGGGACGGAACUGGAGUUGGAUUUACCACUGCCAAGUAGGUCAUCACAAUUUGUUGUUCCCUCACAAAGACACUCUACAGGGUUUGAGUAGAAGUAAUCCUCCUCCUUUGGCUUGUCUGGGAUGACCCUGCGGCGAAUUGGCUGCCCCAUUCUUUUCUCGUGUGCUUCCCUGACAGCGACUGUAAAUUCAUUCCAUGGAAGUGUACCAUUCUGGUGCAAAUUCAGUAGCUGUACGAGUUUUCUCCGGUCAAGCAGAAUUGUCUUUCUGAAUCCAAGAUACCUACACCAAGCUCUCUAGUCAGAAACCAUGUAUGGGGUCUGUUUGUUUUAGCCAAAAAAUAACAACAUAGAAAAUAGUCGACUUAAGAGCUACAGCAAACUUUACACUCUAAUCUAACUUUUAACCAUAAAUCUCAAAACUCUUU